AUGGCCACAACUUCAGUACGUGUCGCUUUAAGAGUCAGACCACUCAAUAGCAAAGAGACUUUACAAAAUUGCAGCGAAUGUUUAACGAUAAUACCAGACGCACCACAAAUUCUCAUUGGAACCGACCGUUCUUUCACAUUCGAUUAUGUAUUCCCAUCAGAAACAGAGCAAGAAGACGUCUUCCAAGACUGUGCACGCCCAUUACUUGAUAAAUUAGUCGAAGGUCAAACCGGUAGUGGCAAAACAUAUAGCAUGGGUACCGCUUUAGACGGGUCAGACAUACCGCCCGAACAUCAAGGGAUCGUCCCACGUGCCAUAUAUAGAUUAUUUGAUGAUCUAAACGAACGAAAAGCAAAUAACCCUUCUUAUGAAUUCGAAGUUCUCGUAUCUUUCCUAGAAUUAUAUAAUGAAGACUUAAUAGAUUUAUUAAACCCACAAAACAGAGAAAAUCAUAAAAAAGGAAAGAGCGAUUUGAUGAUAAGAGAAGACGCAAAUGGUCAAAUAUAUUGGGCCGGUGUGAAAGAGGUCUCAGUUUCAUCCCCGGAAGAACUCUUAGGUCAAUUACAAAAAGGUUCGUUAUGUCGAACCGUCGCUUCAACAGACAUGAACAUGGUGUCUUCACGAUCACACGCCAUCUUUUCCGUAAUACUGAAACAAACAAAGAUUGAAAACCUAGAGGAAAACAAAGAAAAUGAUGCUCCUCCCGCUGAAACUUCAUCCGCUUCAAAAAGAAAGAGCAAACAAAAAUCAUUAACAUCCAAAGUCAUUUCCAAAUUCCACUUUGUAGAUUUGGCUGGUUCAGAAAGGUUAAAGAGAACCAAUGCAAUAGGCGACAGAGCAAAGGAAGGAAUAGCGAUUAAUGGGGGUCUAUUGGCCCUUGGUAAUGUAAUCAGUGCGCUUGGUGAUGAAUCACGAAAGGUGACACAUAUCCCAUACAGAGAUUCAAAGUUAACGCGUUUAUUACAAGAUUCGCUCGGUGGUAACAGUCAAACGCUGAUGUUGGCUUGUGUGUCACCCGCAGACUCAAAUUUCAUGGAAACCUUAAACACACUUAAAUAUGCCAAUCGGGCUCGUAAUAUUAAAAAUAAGGUCAGCGUUAAUGAAAGUUAUGGUGGCAACUCUGUAGAAAUUAAUCAGCUCCGUGGGCAAAUCAGUCGAUUAAAGAUGGAAAUCCAAACUUUGCUCUCUGGUGGUUGUAAUGAAGAAACCGCUCACAAAUAUGAAGUAGAGAUUAACAAUCUUAAAGGAGAAUUGGGAAUGGCCAAAAUGAAACUUCAAUCUACCGAACAAGAACUCCUCAUGGUCAAAACCGAAAGGAACACGCUUUUAAUGGAUAAAAGUUUUAAUGGUCAAGACCUUUCGGACGCCGAUCGUGAACACAAGAUGAAAACCCAUCAUAUCGUUCAAUCUUAUGAAACUGAGAUUCUCGACCUUAAAAAUCAGAUCUCAGAUCUUCAAGCUGCUCAAUCGACUACUCACAAUCCACGUAAAUCUUCUUUGGCAAAAAGCUCUGGAAGGGAUAAGAGUCAUCAAAAGAAGGGUAAAAAGAAAAAGAGACGUUCAUCAUCAAGGAAAAGCAAGCCAAGAGCUGAUAGUCAUUUCCCGGUUUCCGAUGGAACUUCAGCUGCCCCAAUUGAUGGUCCCUCAUCCUCCUUUCAACUUCAACCGACCAGAGAGAAGCUCGAAAAAGCCAAGGAACAAAUCAAGCAGGGUCUCUUGUUUAUCAAGAAUGGAGGCUCCUUACAUGACGAUCCUCUUUUGAGUCAACUAGUCAAGAUGCCUUCAUCUACCAAGAGCGAAAGUUACAUCGACCAAAUGAUGCCAAAUAACGCCAAGGAGAAGAGACGGUCAAGCAGUGUAUCUUUCAGUGAAAUUCAAACAAUUGAAGUUCCUGCAUGGCAAGAAAACACAACACCACCAACAGCUACCGCUACUCGCCGCACCUCAAACUCUAGCCGUUCCGUUAGUUUCUCCGAUCAACCGAUUUCUCCUGGUUCGACCAAAUCUUCACAGAACAGCACUGGUUGUUCAUCUCAACAACAAAAUGCCAUCGCACUCACACGUAUGUUGCAUCAAAUUCAAGCUGAUAUUGCCGUCAAGGAACAACUCGUCACACAAUUGGAACGUGCUGAACAAGAAUUUACUUACAUGAGAGCCCAAUAUGAACAAAGGUUGGCAAACAUGCAAGAAAAUUUGAUCAACUUGCAGCGUGAAAGAGAUGUUGCUGUCAAGCGUGCUCAAAAUGCUGGCUCUGGUGUUAGCACUCGUGACAAGGGUUCAAUCCUUGCCGAACUUAAAGCUCGUUACGAACACAAGAUGAAACGUCUCAUUCAAGAAAUCGGUGAACUUCGUCGUAAAUACAAUGAAGCUACCCAAUCCAACAAUACCUCGAAAAAUCAAAACGAAACAAUGCUUAAGAGCAUGCGCGCUCAAAUCGAACAACUUAAAGCUGAAAAGAUGCGUAUGAUGAAACGCAUGAAGGAUGAAGCCGAACGUGUUCGUGAAAUGACUGAACGUAAUCAACGUGAAAUCCAAACCCUUCGUCGUAAAGAAAAGGCUGCCCAAGAACAAAAGAAACGUCUUGAAAGAACCAAUGAAAUGCAAAAGAUAAUGCUCGAAAAGAGACAAAAAGAAAUGUUGCAAACGGCUGGAAAACUCAAAUCAGUUACGACAUUGCUCAAACGAACGUCAACUCCCAAAGCAAUCUCCAAAGUUUUCCGUAAUCAUAGACGAAACCAAGUGGCAGCUGAAAAUGAUGAUGGCAAAGAGUCAAGACGAACCUCUGACGACAUUAAUGCUAUCCACGAUGAAGUAUUCGGUAGUGGUUACGAUAAGAAGAGACUUCUUGACGAGGCCAUAUUCAAAUACAUUAGUGGUCGUCAAACAUUAGCAAUGAUGGAUGAGUUGAUCGUUAAGCGCGAAAAAUUACAAGAGGAAAAGAAAGAACUUCUUGAAGAGCGUGAAAGAAUCAUCAUUAGCGAAUGUGGAAAUGAACUUGAUGGUGAUGCACAAGCUUUGGAUGACAAGAUUGAAAUGAUCGAUUCAGAGAUGACUUACAUUAAUGCUAGGAUUCGAGGUUUACAAUCAGAAGCUGCUAGAGGUGUUGCCGCGGAACAAGAAGCAAAUGAAAAUCACAAAGCUGAUGGUGAAACCAGCAAAGAUGCUGCCGAAAAACCACGAAAGAAUAGCAAGAUCGGUAAAACAGAAAAGAAACUCUCCUUUUCCUUACCAGAAAAUGCCACACCAGAAACUUCAUAUGACACUGCCGUUAACAUUUUGCGAAGUUUGGAUUCAUACGAAACUCAAGCAGUAUUGGAAUCAUUCUUUAAAGACAUUGUUGACCUUCGAACUGGGGAUUGGUCACGUCAAAUGACACUCGCUCAACAAGAUAAACAAAUCAACGACUUGAGAAAGACAUUAUUGGCCAUGCGAAGAGCUGCAGUGCUUACAACGGUUGAAUAUGAAAAGAAAAACAAAGGACUCGAAGAAGCUCUUCGACGUGGUGAAAGAGCACCAAGCCCAAUAACUUCCGAAAAGAAAGAAUUGCAAAUGGAUGAUAUCGAGAAUGACGCUUCAAACACCAUAUCCUUAUUUGAUCGUAUCUAUGAUCAAGCUUUGGCGCAAGUAGAAGCCGCGGUAUCACGCAGGAAUAGCCUUGUUGGAACUCCUGGAUCAAGACGCAACUCAUAUCUAUUUGAAAGUGAUGACGCAGCUUUCUUCUCUUCACCUGUAAAUGCUUCACCUUUGUCCGGGAGUCCAAUGAAUUCCGGCAAUAGGACAAGUUUUUCGAGACCACCAAUCCCCUCCGGAUGGUUAAAUCUUCAACCUCGUGAAAAGGGUGUAGUUGAAUCCAAUGAGGCUCCAAACGUCUCAUCUUCAGCCACAAAGAGAAAAGACUCUAGUGAAUCUAACGGCAGCAAUUCCGGUAGUAGCAAUAAUGUAAAGAGAAGAAGUUCAAAUGGGCGAAGAUUAAAAAGACCAACCAAUAGCUCUUCCCAUAGUUCUUCAAAUCCAUCAACACCAAAAGAUGAGAACGUUCCAUCAAAUGUUACAACCACAGUUUCAAUGGAUGUUGGUAGUAGCCAUGAGCACCCACGUGUGCCUUUACCCUUAGAAAGAACGAGAUCUGGGGGUCUAGCAUCAAAUUCACGACGGGGAUCACUUCAGUCCUCCAUCUUACAUAGUCGACAAAAUAGUUCAACAAGCAUGGGCUUCUAUGCAGAAUCAGGAAACGAUGGACCACGAGAUAGUGGAUACUUUAGCAGCGCUGAUAAGCGAAGAUCGCACAGCAGUAUGGCGAGACGAGGUUCCAAAGAUAUUACAGCAGCAUAUCAUAUGCGUCAAAGUUCAAAUGGACACGACAGUGAUGCAGAAAGUGUGACUAGCAUGACCAGUGAACAACGAGCAUCAUUAGCACAUCAUACACAUACAAGGUCAGAAACACCGACAGGCGAUAACGUAUUUGAUCGUUUAUCAAAGAGUCAAACACAUUCAAGUUCAGCAAAAAAUUCACCAACAAAACCAACAAAGAAAGUUAAGGAGGAGUAUCAUGGCGAGAGGCGAGGUAGUGUACCAAAAGGCCAUUCCAAACAAGGCGGCGUAAAAGACGCUUUAGCGGCAUUAGAAGGAAGACGAGGCGCAUACGCCGAGACAGUAAAAACACAAGCAUAA